AUGUCGAGAGACCCGGAGGCUGUCCCGCCGCCUCUUACCUCGAUCACCUCGAGACCCGGCGAACCGAUCAAACAGAAAAAGGCCGAAAAGGGCCUGGAGAAGGCUCUCCUUGGCUUGGAUGUUCAGCCGGAUGAUGCGAAGUUGAGGGAGAUGUUCCCCCUGCCAGAAGGGAUGGACGUGGGUUUGUUACGUUCGAGGCUGGGUGGGAAGAAGGCCAAGGGUAACUUCUACCUGACGUCCGGGGAGAUGGAGGGUUUGACGCAGAGAUGGGCGCUGUAUAGGUCGUUGGGAGUGUAUUACAUGUAG